AUGUCUACCGCUACCCCGGAGAAAGCCUCGGCUCCUACGCUGGAGAAGAAGCCCGUCAAGUUCAGCAACCUGCUGCUUGGCGCAGGUUUGAACAUGUUUGAGGUCACGUCGUUGGGACAGCCGCUGGAAGUGAUCAAGACAACCAUGGCCGCGAAUCGGGGCGACAGCUUCGCCGGCGCUAUGGGUCGGAUUUGGGGCCGUGGCGGGAUCCUCGGUUUUCCGUCUAACGUGGGAUGGGGUUUAGACUAUCAAGGACUCAUUCCGUGGGCCUGGAUUGAGGCCUCCACCAAGGGUGCGGUUCUUCUGUUCGUUGCCUCCGAGGCGGAGUACCAGGCCCGGGUGCUCGGCGCGAACGACUUCUUUGCUGGUAUCAGCGGUGGUAUGACCGGUGGUAUCGCCCAGGCGUACGCCACUAUGGGUUUCUGUACCUGUAUGAAGACGGUCGAGAUCACCAAGCACAAGAUGGCCGCGCAGGGUGUCAAGCCGCCCAGCACCUUUGCCACCUUCAUGGACAUCUACCGCAAGGAGGGCAUCCGGGGCAUCAACCGCGGUGUCAACGCUGUGGCUAUCCGCCAGACGACGAACUGGGGCUCGCGCUUUGGUCUGUCGCGUCUGGCCGAAACCGCCAUCCGCAAGGUGACCAACAAGGACGACAGCCAGAAGUUGUCGGCGAUCGAGAAGGUCCUGGCCUCGAGUCUGGGUGGUGGCCUGUCCGCCUGGAACCAGCCCAUCGAGGUUAUUCGCGUCGAGAUGCAGAGCAAGACCAACGACCCUAACCGGCCCAAGAACCUGACCGUCGGCAAGGCCUUCAAGUACAUCUACGACAGCAACGGCAUCAAGGGUCUCUACCGAGGUGUGACUCCUCGUGUGGGCCUGGGUAUCUGGCAGACCGUCUGCAUGGUGGCUCUUGGUGACAUGUAA